GAUCAUCCUGUUCAAUAUGGCGGGUGCGAAUACAAGGCUUUGAGUGCGAAUGCCCAUGUUCGCCAUAUCACAAUAUAUUUGCAGCUCUCGCUGUACCCUCCGUCUCUUCCGAUCGCUAUGCGGCAGCUCUAUACCAUAGGUCCCAGGCUGGGCGCAUCUGCAUACACCGUCCUUUCCUGUUCACGAUCUUCUUCAUAUUUCACCUUAUUUCCAAAAUUUUCUCGGCCACUUUCAACAGAGCCAACCCCCAAUCCACCGCGCCAAGAUGGCGGGCUUCCCCCAGGAUACAACAGUGCAAAGCACCAUAACGUCCCGCAUACUUCUACACAGACAAGCAACUCUUCCAAUUCGUCGAUUGUAGGUUCGUGGAAGGAUUCCGAUUGGGAGGAAAACCCGGACUUUUCCAUCUCUUCGUUUGCUGAACUGCCAACAAGAGACUUCGGGUCCAAUCAGCACAUGAUCAUCAACCAGGAGUUCAAAGAAGCAUUGCGUCAGAUACUAUGGCAGUUUCGGGCUCCGAUUAGAUAUGCUUUUGCAUAUGGUUCUGGGGUUUUCCCGCAGUCGGGGGCAGCAACGGGUGAAAGCUGCCACCCCGCUGCUCCACCCACCAUUCAGAGGAUGCAACAAGGCGGAGGGAAGAUGAUUGAUUUUAUAUUUGGAGUCUCCUACAGCCAGCAUUGGCACUCCCUUAAUCUGAACCAGCAUCGCGAUCAUUAUUCUGCUAUCGGGUCACUAGGAUCAUACGUGGUCUCUCAGGUGCAGGACAAAUGGGGUGCCGGCGUCUAUUUCAACCCUUACGUGACCGUGAAUGGGACUCUGAUAAAGUACGGAGUUGUCAACAUUGAUACCAUGUGCAAGGACCUUAGCGAAUGGGAUACCCUUUACAUAGCCGGACGCCUACACAAACCAGUUAAAAUUUUGCGUGAUCAUCCCAGGGUCCGGCUCGCAAACCAAAUGAAUCUUCUCUCCGCCGUCCGUGUUGCGCUAUUGCUUCUUCCACCCGAUUUUACUGAAUCCCAACUGUAUACCACUAUUGCAGGUAUCAGCUACAUGGGAGAUCCGCGAAUGUCGUUUGGCUCAGAAGAUCCCAAAAAAAUCACGAAUAUUGUGUCUGCACAAAUGGCCAACUUUCGCCGAUUAUAUGCUCCUUUAAUUGAUACUCUGCCUAACGUUGCUUUCAACGAUCCAAGCUGCAGCGAUCCUGAUUGGAUAGAUAACCCGGAAGCCAAUGUUAAGUUAGCACAAGACAUGGACCCGGUCAAGCGAGGAAAUAUGGUCCGCCGAUUGCCGCAGUCAUUCCGGGAGAAGCUUUAUUUCCAGUACCAGUCCCGGUUUCAAAUACCUCGAGCAGAGUUCAACAAGAUGAUGGAACAAGCCACGGAUGAAGACCCAGAACGCAUACAUCGCCGUCAAGGAACAGCUUUUGACCGAAGGAUUGCCGCCGAGGAUCAUUUGAAGGAGGAAGUCGCUAAAUCCAUCAAAAAGACCAUCUCUUGGCCAAGUACAAGUCAGAGCAUCAAAGGAAUCGUGACCGCCGGCUUUCGAAGGAUGUUCCGAUACCUGAAAGAGAAAAGAGACAAAUACUCCAAGUCCAAGGCGUCGUCUAGCACCGAUCAUGACGACUCGACGAACAAAUCCAAGCCAGAUUAAAAAAUUAAUUCAUUUCUUACGUAUUCUUAUAUAACACCAAUUGAGGGUUGAGAAAUCCUCGAAUUAUGUUGAUAUCGCGUUCAAGCAAGAGAAAAGUCCAGCUUG